GCUUCUUCAUCCGGGAGUUCAGAACCUGGCACAUGCGGAGACGCGAGUCAUCAUCAUGGCGGCGAUGCUGGUCGGAGGGAAGAAACUCAACGAGCUUAGAGUCGUAGAUCUACGACAAGAACUUGAAAAACGAGGUCUAGAGAAGUCCGGAGUCAAAGCUAUUCUAGUGGAUAGACUUCAGAAGGCUUUGCUGGCAGAAGCGGAAGAUGAGGGAAACGUAGAGGAAAUGGAGAAUGAGGAAGUGGAUGAGAACAUGGAAGAGGGGGGAGAGGACAUAGAAGAGGAUACUAAUGAACCAAAAGAGGAGCAGCAACCAGUGACCAAGGAAAAACAUACCCCUGAUGGUGAGGACAUUGUUAUGAAGCUAACAGAAGAGUUUGAAGCUGAAGAUACAGAAGGACCAUCAGAAGAGUUGCCUCAGGAAGAAGAGAACAAAAAGGAAGAAGAGGCUGAGAAAGAUGAGACAGAAAUGAGUGGUGUUGCUACCAUGGCGGCUGAAGCCCCUGAUGCCACAGAAUCACAAGAGGAGAAAGAUUCUGCAGCUUCCAAAGCAGAGGAUUUCCUCAGCUUAGAGGUAAAGGAUUCUAGCUUCCCUGAAGAUGCAGUAGACCUGAGUUUAGAAGGCAGCAACAGUGGUGAUAUCAACCAGGAUGACACAGCUGCUAGUAUGGACACCUCAGAGGCGGAUUUGUCCAAGGAGAAUGGUCUCUCUGUCUCCUUGUUCGUUCACACGGAUGACGUGCAGGAUGAUCUGGAUGAAGACUUGAAAGAUGUGCAGACUCCAGCAAAGAGUGCCCCAAAUAAAGAAGACAAAUCCAAAGAUGAAAGCACAGAAGAGAAGGAAGAGUCUGCUACCAAGGCUGAGGUCGAUGACAAUAAGAAGGCCAAAGCAGACAAAGCUAGUGAUGAAAAGGAAGAAAGUAAAGACUCAACUAAAAAGACCGACUCAAAGAAGCCCUCAGAUACAAAGAAGACCCCUGAUGGCAAAAAGACACCGGAUAGCAAAAAGACCCCGGCCAAGGCCACGCCUGCCAAGGCCACGCCCGCCAAGGCCACGCCCACCAAGGACAAGAAGGAGGGGGGCAAAAGCCUGUGGGUUGCAAACCUGUCCUCUAUAACUAGAGCUGCUGACCUGAAGACAAGGUUUAGUCAGUAUGGCAAGGUUGUAGGAGCAAAGAUUGUGACCAAUUCCAAGGCUCCGGGUGCACAAUGCUUUGGUCUUGUUACCAUGACAACUAGUGAGGAGGCCGCCAAGUGCAUCCAGCACUUGCAUCGCACAGAGCUGCAUGGCCGCGCUAUCACUGUUGACAGAGCUAAGGGAGACCGCGUUUCUCAGACUCAAGGAUCAGCUAGCAAGAAAACACCUGGCAAAGCAGCUGACAAGAAAGGAUCUGCUGAGAAAAAAACAGAGGACAAGAAAGCUGCAGACAAGGGCAAAAAGCCAUCAGCUAAAACACCAAGUAAACCGGCGAGUAAGGGUAGAGAGACGAGAUCAGGAAGCGCCGCUAAAAAAGAAGACGUGAAAAAGGAUGAGACCAAAAAGAGCGAGAAGGCCGAAAUUAAAAAGGAGGAGAUCAAGGUGAAGGAGGAGCCUAAGGACGACGCAGAGAAGAAAGAGGACGAGGGUAAAGAACCCGACAAGACCGAGCAGACAACUUCCGCCAAAUCCAAGUCACCUGCGUCUAAAGAUGGCAAGUCCCGGUCACAAAAAGGCAGUAACAGCUCGGAUGACUCACCUGUCAAGUCACUGGACGAGAUCCGACGUCAGAGGACGGAGCGCCAGAGACAAGCCAAGGCUCGGGAGGUGCGAGAUGCUCGAGAGAAGGAACGUCAGGACAGGAUUCGCCGCGAGCGUGAACGUAUCGCUCGUGAACGCGCCUUAGAGCGGGAACGUGAGAGAGAGCGCGAAAGAGAACGGGAGAGGCGUCGUCUGGAGUACAUGCGGGAACAACGAAGAAGGCAGGAGGAGGAAAGAGCUAGGCUACAACGGGAGCUCGAGCGGCGCCGCGAACUAGAGAGGCUACGAGUGUUGCGUGAACGUCGUGAACGCGAAGAACGUGAACGUCUUGAGCGUGAGCGCCGUGAACGUGAAGUGCUCGAACGCGAAAGGCUGGAACGGGAACGUGCCGAACGCGAGAGACUCCAACGCGUGGAGCGUGAAAGGAUCGAGCGUGAACGCAUCGAACGUGAGCGUAUUGCACGAGAGACGACGCGGCAGAGAAUGGACAUGGAGCGACUGGAGCGUGAGCGUCGCGGGACUAAGAGACCUGGCAGCGCGUACGAAGAUGACGGCGGUCAGAGAGCUGGGUACUGGCACGACCCCAAGAGGCCGGCUGUCGGGAGCGCUAGGCCAGACGAGAAGGGAAGAGCACGUGACUUCUUUGGCGGUGACGUGAACGCUCGCGAGAGACGCGUGGAUGCCAGGCGAGAUGUCCCUGCGGAUCGACGCGAUAGCAAAGGACAUCGUGACGAAAAAUCACGGAGCAGAGACGAUACGCACCGGUCAAAGAAGGAGCACAGCCGCCACGGCUCCCAUAGUGACAGCGACAAGGACCGACGUAGCAGCAAAGACUCGCACUCACGCAGUCACAGCGAGCGCUCCAAGGCGUGGCCACCAGCAGGACCAGGAAUCCCAGCUGCUGUGGACCACCAGAAGAGCUUAUCCAUCCUGCUGGAGCGGGCUGGGGUCGGCGGUAUUUUAGGUGGCACAGCCGGCGUGGGCAGACAAGAGCUGGAGAAAGGCUUGGAGUAUGGAUUUGGUCACCGCGGUAGUGCAGACUGGAGGCAGGGGGACCCCCGGGACAGCAGACCACCUAUACCCGUUGCAGCAAGGGGGGUUCCCAUCCCAAUGGCCGCUGAUGGCGUCAUGAGAGGCAGUGGAUUCAGACCGAUGUCUGCGGAGGCUAGUCACCGUGACAUUGUGGAGGCGGAGACCAAGCGUGACUGGCGUGACGCCCGCGGCGCCGACCAGGAGAUCAUCGCAGCUCGUAUGCGCGCUCGAGAAUCCAAGACAGCACCCGCUGCACGUGCCGCGCCACGUGCGCACGGCUACGAGCCGCGUGAACGCACCGUCGUCGCACGUGACACUGCGCCGCCCCGUGGGGGGUGGGGUGCUCAGGACUCCCGCCAACCAGCACCUUCUUUGCAGAUUACAACACGCUCGACUAUCGACGACAGGUCACGUGCCGUGCAGCAGUAUCCACGUGACUCUGCCCCACCAGCGUGGGCCCAGGUCCCAACCAUGCAAAUCCCGAAUGCGAGGGGAGUGUAUAGCGGAGCACCAGCGGACCGAAGGCACUCUGGCGGAGCAGACGCGAGGUUCGACCCGUACAAGGGUGCGCCCCAGAGGGGUGGGCCCGUGAGGCGAUACUGAAUGAUUACGUCCCCAACCGCCCCUCUUUACUGAUCUACGGACACUUUUAAUUGCCAAGACACACAUCAUCCGAACUUUCAGUCGCUGACUCGUGCAUUUUCAGUCGUAUUGAUCUUCGUAUCAUCGCUAUCAUCUCAAGAAUGGAACUCACGCUGAUUUCUAAAGUUUGCGGAAUAAGAUUUCUAUCCAGUGCAUUAUUUUGCGAAAUAUUUUUUUCCAAUUUUAUUGUCUUCAGUUUUAACCAGGCUGAACUCUUGCGGGAAAAAAUACAAAGUUUCAAGCAAACAGUCAAGUUAAAAAAACAGUACCAAGUUUCAAGCUAUAAACAAAACUAAAAACGGAAUUGCAGCACGAAGAUUGAAGCUAAAAACGGACAUGCAUUACCAAGGUUAAAGCUAAAAACGGACUACAGAACGAACAUUCAAGCCAAACGGACAUGCAUUACCAAGGAUCAAGUUGAAAACGGACGCGUAUUAAGGAGAUUGAAUCUAUAAACGGACUUGCAGCACGAAGAUUCAAGCCAAGCAGACAUGCAGUACCAAGAAACAAGCUAAAGACUGACGAGAAUUAAGAAGAUUGAAUCUAUAAACGGACUGCAGUACGAAGAUUCAAGCCAAACAGACAUGCAGUACCAAAAAAAAAAACAAGCUAAAGACUGACGCGUAUUAAGAAGAUUGCAUCUAUUAACGGACUGCAGUACGAAGAUUCAAGCCAAACGGACAUGCAGUACCAAGAAACAAGCUAAAGACGGACGCGUAUAUAGAAGAUUGAAACUGUAAACGGACUGCAAGCCAAAAACGGACAAAGAUUCGAACUUGAAACCAUGGAAUAAAUAUACAUACAGUAGGAUUAUUUUAGCAAUGGUCACGGACACUUGGAACAAUCAACGCGGUGGAGAAAACGCUAAUCAUGUUGAACCCUCUGGGGUAGAUACGAGUCAAUCCUUAUACUUUACGGAUGUAUUGAGAGGUUUUUACUUAAUAAACGACGACGAAACUCUAAAAAUUUUACCAGCACAUAAACUCGGAUGUAUAGAUUAUCAGCGAUGACACAAUUGGAGACUCUACCCUUACGACUGCAACGAAGCGGAUGUAGCACUGACUCUAAUCAUCACCAAAUUCGACGGAAUCUUGAAGGCCCAAAGGCGUUUUUAAUUAUUUUAGUUUGAAGUUUCCCGAAACAAGGUGUAGUGUCAGAAUUGUUUAGCUUUAGUUAGGCCUACGGCAUGGGAUUAUAAAAUGCAGUAAUAUCUCAAUGUGUGAACCACUUCUCAGCUUGAAGAGCAAUGAGGAAAUAAAGAUACGAGCAUUCAA